CAGCCUUCAUUUUUGCUGCUUUCACUCUAAUUAUCAGUGAUAUAGUGGUUUCGCUUGUGGUUUUCUGACAGAGGAAGCAAACAUGUCUUUGAAUUAUGCAAAUGAGGCUUUAGAUAAACCCAAGGGUAAAUAUGUAGCAAUGAUGGUGUGUUGGCUUCUUGGAAUUGGAUGUCUAUUCGCUUGGAAUAGCAUGCUUACUAUUGAAGAUUACUAUGCAGUCUUGUUUCCGCAAUACCAUCCUUCAAGAGUUCUUACACUUGUAUAUCAGCCCUUUGCACUCUGUACUAUUACAGUGUUAACAUAUAAUGAGGCAAACCUCAACACAAGACUAAGAAUCAUAUUCGGAUAUUCACUUGCCUUUUUAUCUACCCUUUCGGUUUUAGUUUCGGAUCUAGCAACGUCUGGGAAGGGAGGUAUUGGUACUUUUAUUGGAAUAUGUAUCACAAGUUGUGCAAUUGGUGUUGCAGAUGCUCUUAUUCAGGGAGGAAUGAUUGGAGAUCUUUCCUUCAUGCAUCCUGAUAUAAAUCAAUCUUUCAUUGCUGGUCUGGCUGCAUCUGGUGCUAUAACAUCUUGCUUAAGGUUAUUUACAAAGGCUGUAUUUGACAAUUCCGAUGAUGGACUUCGCAAAGGAGCUAUUUUGUUCUUCGCCGUCAGCACGUGUUUUCUGUUAUUUUGUGCACUUAUGUAUACAUUUGUCUACCCAAACUUGCCAAUUAUACGGUAUUACAGAUCCAAAGCAGCCUCUGAAGGAUCUAAAACCGUUACAGCUGAUCUUGCUGCUGGUGGGAUUAAAAUAUCUGAUUUUGCGAAAGAAGGAGAAGAGCAUCCCCAACUAUGUCAACGAUUGAGCAAAAAAGAAUUGUUUCUGGAAAACAUAGAUUAUGCAAUAGAUAUAUUCUUGGUAUAUUUGCUUAGUUUUUCGAUUUUCCCUGGAUUCGUGUCUGAGGAUACUGGUUCACACAGUUUAGGAGAAUGGUAUGUCCUGGUUUUGAUAGCUAUGUACAAUAUAUGUGAUCUUAUUGGAAGAUUCUUGCCACUUAUGAAUUGGGUUAGACUGGAAUCACGGAAAGGUCUUGUGAUAGCGACCCUUUCCCGGUUCUUGCUCGCACCAGCAUUCUACUUCACAGCCAAAUAUGGUGAUCAGGGUUGGAUGAUAUUGCUCACCUCCUUUUUGGGGUUGAGUAAUGGUUACCUAACUGUUUGUGUAUUCACAACUUCUCCAAAAGGCUACAAGGGUCCCGAGCAAAAUGCUUUAGGUAAUAUGCUUGUGAUGUUUCUUCUUGGAGGUGUAUUUGCAGGAGUAACACUUGACUGGUUGUGGCUCGUUGGCAAAGGUAGGUGAGUGCAAGUUUAAGCUCACCUACAUAGGUCAUAUUUGAAUACGUUUAUGUUUAUGUAUCUGGACCGAGUGAGAAUCCGUCAAUAAUUUUUCUAGUAUGUAAUGCUUAAUUCGGAUGAGACAACAAUGGUGUUCCUAAUGUUAGUUAUUAUUGUGUUAUUUGAUUCUAAUAU